UUUAGAUUGUUAUUGAGCUGUCGUGUAUAUUUUGUUAUGCACGUGUAGUAAAAUGGCAAAAGCUACUUUUUCAGUGGAUCAGUUCAGCUGUUCAGUGUGUUUGGAUCUCUUAAAGGAUCCAGUAUCCAUUCCCUGCGGGCACAGUUACUGUAUGAGCUGUAUUACAAACUGCUGGGAUCAGGAUGAUCAGAAGGGAAUCUACAGCUGCCCUCAGUGCAGACAGACCUUCAAUACAAGACCUGCUUUAUGUAAAACCACCAUGCUGGCUCAAGUGGUAGAGAAACUAAAGUCGACUAAUCGGAAACCUGCUUCGUGCUUUGCUGCUCCCGGAGAUGUCGAGUGCGACAUCUGUACUGUCAGAAAACGCAAAGCUGUCAAAUCCUGCUUGAUGUGUCUCGAGUCCUACUGUCAAACUCACUUUGAGCGCCACGAGGAGUUUCGCCCUGGCAAGCGACACAAAACCAUUGAUGCUAAAGGACGACUCCAGGAGAUCUUCUGCAGUCAACAUAAUAAGGUCCUGGAGGUUUUCUGUCGUACUGAUGAGGAGUGCAUUUGUAUGCUGUGUAUGAUGGAUGAACAUAAAAACCAUGAUAUUGUUUUAGUUGCAGCACAGAGGAAAGAGAAAGAGAUGCACUUGAAGGGUGCACAGAUAGACAUCCAGCAGAGAAUCCAGCAAAGAUUGAAAGAUGUUCACAUGCUGAAAGUGGCUGUGAAGUCUUAUAAGUGCUCUACGCAGACAGCAGUGGAGGACUGUGAGAUGAUGUUUACUGAGUUGAUCCGCUCCAUUGAGAGAAGUCGAUCUCAAGUCACACAGCUGAUCAGAGAUCAGGAAAAGGAUGCAGUAAGUCAAGCUGAAGGACUCUUAAUGCAACUGCAACAAGAGAUUGCUGAUCUGAAGAGGAGAAACACUGACCUAGAGAAGCUUUCAUAUACAGACAAUGACAUCCACUUCCUUCAGAGUGUUUCAUCUCUCUCUGUACCACCAAAGUCUACAGACAAAAUGAAUAUUAGUUUCCUGGUCUCUUUUGAUGACAUGAGAGAAUCUGUCCAUCAGCUGAGACGGAAACUGCAGGAUUUCUGCCAAGAGGAGACAAAAGAUAUCUCAGUGACGUACAACACCAUUGUCUCCAGGGUUAGAAAGCAGUUCCUACAAUAUUCCCGUCAGCUCACUCUGGAUCUAAACACGAUGAAUAAACACCUCAGUCUGUCUGAAGGAAACAGAAAGAUAACCUUCACUGGCACAGCCCAGCAGUAUCCUGAUCAUCCAGACAGAUUUGAUUUUUAUUUGCAAGUGUUGUGUAAGGAGAGUGUGUGUGGACGCUGUUACUGGGAGCUUGAGUGGACUGGGAAGAAUGGUGUGUGUAUAUCAGUGUCAUAUAAGAGCAUCAGUAGGAAGGGAGGGGGAGAUGAGUGUAGAUUUGGAUAUAAUGAUCAGUCAUGGUGUUUGUUAUGCACUUCCUCAGGUUACUCAUUCUGGCACAAUAACAGAAACACACAUCUCCCUGUGAAAUGCACAUCCAGUAGAAUAGGAGUUUAUGUGGACCACAGUGCAGGAUCUUUGUCCUUUUACAGCGUCUCUGACACAAUGACCCUCAUCCAUAGUCUCCAGACAACAUUCACUCAACCUCUCUAUCCUGGGUUUUAUAUUGGUCAUAAAUCAUUGGUCAAACUGUGUGAUCUCUCAGUAUAGAUUGUGACCCUGUCACACAAAGAUGCAUGCUUUUAAACACUUUGUAUACAUGGAGUGUAAAAUAUUAUUAUGUGCCUUAGUAGAUUGAAUGAAAUAAAAUGAGUUAAAGAGCAAAUAUUAUCCAAUUCAUGAUUUUACAUUUCCUUUGGUGUGUAAGUGUGUAUUAGUUCAUAUUAACGAUAUGCAAAAGGUACAAAUCCUAAAGUAAACGAUGACACAAGUUAUUGUCUCCAACGUAAAUCUCUUUU